UGCGAACACUAGUGUGGACACAGAAGGUGAAGGAUAUGGGGGAGAGCAGGGUUAUGCUUUAAAUCCAUGCUGUAUUUACGUAGGAUUACAGUGUGCUUGUAACCAUGGUCUGGUAAAUGCACACAGUGCCUGCUAAUUAGGUAACGUCCCUAUUAAUGAGAAGAAAUUUCUGCACCUCUCUUCUGGUGGAAGAGUGCUGCAGUGGAGAGAGAGAAUUUUGCCUCCUGUCUUUAAAUAAAAGACUGAGAUAAUGGUGGUUCUGCCGUCAGAAUCACAAUUGGGUGUUUUAAAAUGCCUCAAUGGAGUGGGCAGCAGGCUUUGGGGCUGUCCUUGGCUGAGCCUGUUUCGAUUGCAGAAGCAUUGCAGUGGGCAUAUCAGAGUGAUAAAUCACCAUAAUGUUCCUAACUGAUGGGAUCUCAGUCCCAAGCUGCGUCGAUGGGUGGAGGAGCGAGAUGCCUUUCAGUGAAUUGCUGCUUCACAGAAAAUCUUAUUCUGUGCAGGACUCGGAGGAUACAGAGGGAUUUGAAAAGCGAUGCCGUGAGUUCAUCUGACUGAAACGCAGCCUCUGGAGUUCAGUCACAAUAACUUUUACCUCCCCACUGGCUCUUUCAAGAGACUUGGAGUAGAAAACUGUGGCAUUGAUGCACUCCCUUUCUUUUCAUGACUAUUUGUUUCCCCCUGGGAUGGAGGGAGGGGGAGAGAGAAAGGGUCAGUGGUGAGGUCAGUGUUGAGGGUGCUGAUGUUAUGAAAGGAUAUGGACUUUACACAGUAAAAAGUUGGAAACUGCAGCAGCGUAGCAGUGGACACGAGUAGCUGUGAAACACGAUGCCCGGAGCUCUGACUGGGUGGACAGACUGGGGAGGGUGAGGGGAGAAUGCAGAUGACGCAUUUGAUUUUUAAAAAAGUGGAUAGUGUUGACAGAAACUCUAUCUUGAUUAAGGGUGGUAGGAAAGCAUUCGAUUCCAGCCGUGUCUUGAGCUCGGUUACGGUUGGUUUUGGCUCUGAUUCUUCUGUUUGCCUUCUUUGGGUCCUACCCUGACAUCUUUGCAGUCAUGUAGCUGAUGCUUCUCUAAUGACAUUCUUCCCCUUAACUAUCGCAAUUCUGUGCUGGGGAACUGAAGGCUUCUCAGUGCAGCCAUCUUCAGGGGGAGGGCUGGUGAUUGUAAACAGCAGUGGUACCUUCUAAAUGCUGCUUUGAUUUACUCUUGAACAUUUUCUUAUUUAUGGAGCAUACCAUCCGGGUUGAACUAUGUGUGGUCUGCCUAGACAGAUGGUUUAGGUCUGAGACUUUGUGGAUUAAGAAUACGCUGUUUUAGAAUUGGUUGGACUCAUAAAAGCAAAGUUCAGGUGAUUUCCUUAGGGAGUGUUUUAUAACACAUCCUCACGGGCUUUGCCUUGCAGCUGUGCGAGGCAUCAUAAAAGCAUGAAAACACCUUUGCAAAAAGGUUUUGUUACAAUUUAAGGUUUUAUAACUUUGUUGCUGGCUUUAUUCCUGUUGGGUUGAGUUUAAUAUCACCUGUUGACACAGGGACUCCUCCUGCUGUCAGUGCUCCACUAAUUAACUGCAGGAACCAUUCUUGACAUGGUCACAGUGCUUGGUUUGUUUAUAGCCUGGCCAGCCUCAGGGUAGUGCUGUGGAAUGCAGCAAGGGCCCUACACUGCCCUUCUUCCUACUUUUUGCCCACUAAUAAUACUCUACACAACUCUCUUCCUGCUUUGAAAAUCAGUUUACUCUAUAGAAGAGCACGUUUGUGUCAUUAGUUCUUGUUUGUAGCCCUUUGGAGGGAGAAAGACUGUGCUUUGCAGUGCUCUGUAGUCAACCGCCUCAUCAGGCUCUUGCUUCGUAAAUCUGUAAGGGGAAGAACUCUUCUUUGCUGUACGUGGUGAGGGAGGGAAAGGCAAAUCAGUCUCACUCUGGAAGAGCUUUGUACUUCCUUUUAGAAAAUACAAUUCUAGCACCUACAGUUACAAAGAAAACCUUCAAAACUUGAUCUUUUGAUAGUUUUGAACCUGCAAAUGUCAACACUGGUAAAAUCUCCUUAGCUUUGCCAGUCUGCAGUAGAAUAAACAACUGCAUUGCUUAUGAGGCAUUCUGUCCAAAGGCUGUAAAUUACAAGACAGGAAAAUGUACCCAAGGCUGUCCCAGCAUCUACCUCUAGAAAUCAUGCAGAGGAAGAGAGGUGGAGAAUGAUUUAGCUGACACCUGCGUUGGGGUUUGGUAUAACAGGUGACCAAUGCUUGUUGUCUAAAGGACUGUAGCAGUGCGAGCAGAGGACUCGUGGGGACAGUGUGAAGGUGAAGAUGUCUUGCCCAGAAUCUCGCUAUUCCUUUGAUGUCCCAAACCCUUGCAUCAACUUUGCGACUCUGAGCGAUGACGAUGUGCACAAUGCAGACUCCUGGUUUGACCAAAAAGCCGAUCUGGAGAAUGUCCCUCCUGCAGAAAAUCUGGCAAAAGUCUCACAGAAAAGCCCUGCUUUUUCAAAGCCUGAUAUUAUUCUGUCUUCUGUCACAUCACAAGGAAUAACAAUGAGUGAAAGCCAUGGUGAAGAUGAUGGUCAAGCAGAAUGUGUGCAGGCCAGUGCGAUUCCUCAGAAUAUUGUUGGAUCCCUGACGAGCUGGAGAGCUACCGCUCCUGCAGAGGCCUCUCAAAGAGCGGGUAGAAGACAGGCUACAACGCAGAGAAAAACACAGCAACGCAAACAGCCAGCUAGAAUCAAAGGAGAGAGAAAUGCUAAUGCCUUGGUUAAUAAGGAAGAAGUUCCACCCCUGAAAAAAAUGAGACUCUCUAGCAGUGGAGAGAAGGUCACAGAAGUACCCACGAGGAGACAGCCCCUGCAGAAUCCUGACCUCUCCCCAGGGAGAGGGAGAAGCAAGCCGACCAUGCCCUCCACACCAACAGUGUUAAAGAGGACCAAUCAUUCUGGCAAGCUGAAGAGCACAGAGGAGCAGGAGCUGGAAAAGAUGCAGCAGUUGCAGCAGGAGGUUGUGGAGCUGCGGAAGAAGAACGAGGAGUCUAUGAAAGCAGCUAUUGCUGGAGCAGGACAACCCAUGAAGAGAACUGUUGGUCAAGUAACAAAGCCAAUUGACUUCCACUUCUGCACGGAGAAUAGAAUUAAACAACAUGGGGAAAGCCAGCCUGGGAACGAGUACAAGGAACUGGAUUUUGCAGCAGUACUGAGAAAGCAUCCUCCUUCUCCGGUGCGAGUGCCAAAGGGACCCACUAUCCCCAAACCUUUCAAUCUGUCCCAGGGAAACAAAAGAAAACUUGAAGAAACCACAUCAGAAUAUGUGUCCCUUGCUGAGCAGGUAGAAGCAUUCCAAAAACGCACACCCUCUCGUUACCAUUUGAGGAGCAGGAAAUCUGAUGAAGGCCCAGUUCCAGGAAAGUUGGUGAAGACUCGGCUUACAAACCCUAAAACACCAGUGCUUCUAACAAAGCAGCGCUUCAGACCUGUCACCUGCAAAACUACAGCAGAGUUAGAAGCAGAGGAAAUGGAGAAAAUUCAGCAGUACAAAUUCAAAGCACGAGAACUUGAUCCCAAAAUCUUUGAGGGUGGACCGCUCCUGCCCAAGAAACCCUCUGUGAAGGAACUCACGCAACCCAUUGGCUUUGAGUUGGAAAUAGAAAAAAGGAUUCAGGAGCGUGAGAGUAAGAAGCAACAGGAGGAAGAGCACUUUGAAUUCCAUUCCAGGCCAUGUCCAACAAAAAUCCUAGAGGACAUUGUGGGCGUUCCAGAGAAGAAAGUGCUUCCUGUUACAGUCCCCAAGUCUCCAGCCUUCACCUUGAAAAGCAGAACCCGAAUGCCUGGCAGAGAUGAAGAAAAGGAAAAAGAGGUGGUGCCUGUGAUCAAAGCUAACCCAAUGCCACAUUAUGGAGUGCCCUUCAAACCUAAAAUGCCAGAGCAGAGGCACGUGGAAGUUUGCCCCUUCUCUUUCGAUGCCCGUGACAGAGAGCGGCAAAUACAAAAAGAGAAAAAAAUAGAAGAAUUGCAGAAGGAAGAGGUGCCAAAGUUCAAAGCACUACCUCUGCCUUACUUUGACCAUGUUAAGCUUCCAGAAAAGAAGGUCAAAAACCCAACUCAGCCUGAACCAUUCAAUCUGCAGAUUGAUGAACGGGGAGUUGCCAAGCUACAGAGCUGGAAACAGCAGCUUAAAGAAGACUUGAAAAGGCAGAAAGAGGCGGCAUGUUUUAAAGCUCGUCCCAACACAGUGGUGUACCAGGAGCCUUUUGUGCCUAAAAAAGAAAAUAAGCUGUUAUCAGAGAGCCUUUCUGGUUCCAUAGUUCCUGAAAGCUUUGAGCUGGCAACAGAAAAAAGAGCUAAAGAGCGGCAAGAAUUUGAAAAACAAUUGGCAGCUAUAGAAGCCAUAAGGGAGAGGCAUCAAGAGCAGGUCAGACAGCAACAAGAGGAGCGUGAAAAGGAAGAAGUUGCUAAGCUAAGACAAGAACUGGUUCACAAGGCAAACCCAAUACGCAAAUACCGCAGUGUAGAAGUGAAGCCCAGUGAUCAGCCGCUGACUACGCCGAAGUCUCCCAACUUCUCGGAUAGAUUCCGGUGCUGAUAGACAUCCAUGUGACAGUAGGAGGGACAUCCCGUCACUCUCCACUCUCUUGAUAGGCAGAGAGGGAACAAUUGUUUUUAUGUGACUGCUCAGUCUCAACUCCUACAUUUGGUUCCAUUAUUAUAUUGAGUAGUUUAAUGCCACCCGAGGCAGGUGGCUGAGGCAUGGUGUACAGGUGGUGCCAUGUGGUCUCCAUGGCCUUGCUUCACAUCUAGACAUCUUGUUCUCUAAAGACUAAACCAGGUUUUGAUACUGCAUACAAAUAUUGUGUACCUGAACUAAAUAAAAAUUCCUAAUCUGA